UGUCGUGUACUACAUGUUCUGUGCGUGUUGGUUUUGUUGUGUUAUGUUUACGGAGGAAGCAGCUGUGUAGAAGGCAUUUUUUGUGAAACCAGCGCGGUUGUUAUCGCGCCUAAUUGUGAAUUCGUAUUGAAAUGAGUCGUCAGAGGCCGCUACCGCUGAUAAUAGACGAGAGUGCCUCUGAGACGAUAGCGCCACCACCUGAUGUGACUUUCUCAUCGGUCACCUCACACAUGGACAGUCAUAGUAACAGGUCUCCAUCCAGACACACAGGCACAGGAAAAUUAGAAAGCUCUCCAUUAUUAUCCAGGGUGGAGUCUGAAUAUGGAGUAUUCGAGAACAAUUUUCCGGACGAUCCUCAUUUCCAGGAGAUCGUUCGGAUUGCGGAGAGGGCGAUUGAGAAUGGGGUCUAUCCAGAGAGAAUCUAUCAAGGCUCCAGUGGCAGUUAUUUUGUCAAAAAUAUGGAGAGAAAAACAAUAUCAGUGUUUAAACCAAAGGAUGAGGAGCCAUAUGGUCAGUUGAACCCCAAAUGGACAAAGUGGAUGCACAAGUUGUGCUGUCCAUGUUGUUUUGGCCGUAGCUGUCUGGUGCCUAAUCAGGGCUAUCUGUCAGAAGCAGGGGCCAGCUUAGUGGACCAGAAGUUACAGCUAAACAUUGUUCCUAAAACAAAGGUUGUGAAAUUAGCAAGUGAGACAUUCAAUUAUAGUGCAAUAGAUAGGGCCAAGUCGAGGACCAAGAAAAACAUUUAUCACAGAUACCCUGCGGUGGGGAAACACUUUCACAGGAUUGGUUUACCCCCUAAGGUGGGGUCUUUCCAGGUGUUUGUUACUGGUUAUAAGGAUGCUGAUUUUUGGUUAAGGAGGUUUGAUCAGGAAUCUUUGCCUGACUCUACUGCUCAGAGGUUCCAGAAUCUAUUUGAGAGGCUUGUUGUCUUGGACUACAUCAUUAGAAAUACAGAUCGUGGCAAUGACAACUGGUUGGUCAAAUACGAGCAGGCAGACAGUGCAGAAAAUCAGGAGGAUGAAUGGAGUAUGGUAUCAAACCCAGAUAUCUCCAUAGCUGCCAUAGAUAAUGGUUUAGCUUUUCCAUUUAAACAUCCUGAUGAGUGGAGAGCAUAUCCAUAUCACUGGGCUUGGCUUCAACAGGCUAAAACUCCCUUCUCUCAGGAGAUCAAAGAUUUGGUGCUUCCACAACUGUCUGAUAUGAACUUUGUAGAAGAUCUCUGUGAUGAUAUGUAUGAGUUGUUCAAGACUGACAAAGGUUUUGACAAGUCCACAUAUGAGAAGCAAAUGUCUGUUAUGAGAGGGCAGAUUCUGAACCUGACCCAGGCACUGAAGGAUAGUAAGUCUCCUGUCCAGCUGGUGCAGAUGCCGGUAGUGACAGUGGAGCGGAGUCGUGGGGGUUAUGGACCAGGCAGGGUGCGGUCAGAAAGCACAACCUUCACCCAGAGCUUCUCCCACAGGGCGCCCUUCUUCUCUUGGUGCUAGCCCUAUGUUCACAUGGCUUAAAGGGCUGUUAUCGGAGUCGCCUUGACUCGCAGGACCAGUAACAAAGCCUACCUGGAGAUCAGGCCCAGUGCAAGGGCUCACCUGUCUUACAGCACUCCUUGAAUCACAAUGGGUUUAAAUGCCCGACCACAAUUCUUUAACUGAAAGUACAUCAGGACCAUCAGAAAACUUAAUAUUUUUUUGUUUUUAGCACAGAUAACAUAUUCAAAGCACUGGCUUGUCUGAAACAUGCUGCUGAGAUUAUCCGUUUGCUAAUUCUUCUGAUAAGCUUUUUAAUAACUGUUCAUUUUGUAUUUGCUCGAAACUACAUGCAUUUACUAUGGAUUAAUACUUUGAAGCUUGAAGAAGGAAGCUUUGAAAACCUGACACUUAUUUUGUAACUGAUCUCUGUCUACAUGUGCAUGCUAAAGAAGACAGCAGUAUUUAUGACAAAGUGAAGUGUACGAGCUGAAAAGGUUUGGAAUAAGUUGGCUAGCCUGUUUUUGUACAGGUACAUGUAUAUAUAUUAUUUUCAAAUUAAAUAUCUGGUCAGCUGGAGGAUAUUGGCGGUAGAUGAGCAGAUGUGCAUAGUGCCGUUAACCUGCAUGUACUUAUACUACACAUCUAUUGAUCUCGGGCUAGAUAAGUGUUAGAUAGGUAAUAUUUUCACGCCUUCACUCCUAAUAUGUUUUGCUUACAGCCCUGUUAAUUGCUUAAUGAGUACAGAAUUUUAACUCUCAGGUGUGUAAACUUAACCAGUUAAUUUUAAAUCUUUCCAAAGGUGUAUGUAGAAUGAGGUGUUUUGGGUAUACUCUUUUAAUGUGAUUUACCAUCAACUUAUUUUUACAGGAAUUUACAUCCUUUUUGUUCUAAUUAUUAAAAUUGGUUGAAGGUAAAUAUUGAUUUUAUCUAGUCUACUGACAAGGCAGAGACAAAAACAAAAUUCAUUCUUUUGUUGCUCUUUUUUUUAUUUUUAGUCAUUUUGAUUUCAAAUCUACUAACUUAAGACUGUGUGCCAAGAUACGUGUUCUUGAUAAGAUCCAUAUUUUGUAAAUAUUGUCAAAGAACUCUUAUUAUGCCAUACACAAUUGAACUAUGGUGUGUGAUUCAAAUUGAUGUAAUGUUAACAAAUUGUCACAUUCAGUGUGAUUUGUCAGCAGAAGGAUGUGUAAGCAAAGACAAAUACUUUAUUUUUGCUUUUUGGUGAACAUAUGAGCCCCACUGAUUCUGUUCUCACUUUUGAUUGACCCAUUCACAUAUGUUUCUUUUAUUUUAUUUUAUAUUAUAAAAUAGUCUAAAACACUGUCUCUGUUAUCAAGAGGAGUUUGUGACAGAUAUUUGAAAGUUGGUUAAUGCUAAAAACACAAAACUAUACCUAUAGUAUGGUAUGUACCAGUGAUUGAGAUGGAAAAUGCAAAUGUUGAGUGUAUGUAAUAAUAACAUUAAAGGUUAAUUUGUGGGCAAGAUGGAGAGAUUGUUCAUUUAGAUAGUUCGAGCAUAUGAUGCAAAAACUGUGUGAUUCAGAUUUCAACGUUGUAAAUAUUGCAAGUCCCUGUAGAAUGCUGUUUGAAUAACAUAUAAUUAGUUAAGAGAUUUCAGAGAUUCUAUAUGUGUAUAGCCCACGGUUUGUAUAACUGCUGAGGUCUUUGGCAACAUUUUCUGUACAAGAUGCUCACCUGGUUUGAUUUAUUUGCCCAGUACUUGCUUGUUUUCAUGAAAAUAUUUGCAAUAAGAAAUCAAGGGCUAUUCCAUGCAUGCACACAAUUUCUGGAUUUUCUACAUUGCAUCAAACUAUUGACAGUAUCAUUUUCUUCAAGAGUUAAUGUGUGGGUUGAGCUAUGUUUAAGUUGUACAUCAAAGGUUAAGCUAUGCCGUUCGGGUUAAUGAGUAAUAUGGACUGAAUAUUGAAAAUGGUUUUGUCCAAUGCUGCAUUUGCUACGUUAAACAUAUUCUAGAGGAAUAACAAGAACACAGUUUCCCUCAUUCCACUGCCUCUCCAUGUAUGAUAAACUUUGAGGGAUACAGUAUCAGGAGGUGACAAAUUACCAGGGUACUCACG